GUUUUCUUUCCAUUUCCGGUGAAAGAGAGUCCUUUUCUGAGGACGUUGACGUAUGCCCCACCCUCCCAACGCGAUGACGUAAGUGGGCGUAUCCAAACAAAGGACAGAGGGGACUCCAGUCCACAAUGGGAGAUAGUUUUCAGGAGCAGCUGAUAGAGGACAGCGCCUUCCUCAAAGCUGAUCGGAGAUUGGACACCGAGCUGGUGGACAAACUCAUCCUGCAGCUUAACAGAAUCUACCCGCAGAUCCUCACAGACAGGGAGGCCACCAAAUUCCGAAACUUGGAUGUGCCCACGAGUGUUCGGCUGGGUGAGCUCCUGACACACCUGCAGGGGAGAGGAGAGGAAGCAUGCAGGGAGUUUUACCGAGCUCUUCACUUGCACGUAGAGGAGGUAUACUUCAGCUUGCCCACACGGCUCCGCCUCAGAGAUUUCAUGGAUCCACUUACAUAUCGACAUGUCUACCAUCAGAAAUAUGUUCUGAACGACAAAGGUCCCCUCUUCUUUCUGGGCUGUUUCAGCGUUGCAGUGGGAAUGGCUUUACUCUAUUACUACAGUGAGGCUAAAGUGACAGGAGGUAGCCGAGCCCUCGGGAUGGCUGCCCUGGGUUUGAAAAAAAAAGCUCAGGAGGUCCUCAUUUGGUACACUGAAGAAAGCCUCAUGAAGUAAAGGGUGACUCGUUUGCACCAGGUGCUUUAGCAAUAUUGUUUUUUAAAUGCUACUUGUACCAAAGCAAAGCACAAUAUAUCUUUUCAAGAGUUCAAUACUAAUUUUGUACACAGUUACAUAUAUUAUUUUGUUUGUGAUCUAAAAUGAGAGUGAUGGUGCAAAUUCAGAGCUACGCUUGGUACUCUGCUCUUAUUUCCUCAUAUAUUGUUGUACCUAUUUAAGUGGGUUAAUGGGUUUGAAUACACUCAAGUGAUGAUCACAGUGACAUCACAAACAAGCCGAUUAAACAAGUUGUUCUCUCUGCAGUCUUCAAAUGUGGCAUAAAGCACCUUUUCCAAACCAAUUAAACACAUUGACUGCAUUGGUGACAAAACAAGGCAUUUUAAAUCACUAUAAUAGUAACACUUGGAGGUAAACUCUUAACUAUACAGGAUCAGCCUACAUUUUUCAUCACUACGAAAGGAUAGCCUCCAAUGCAGAAGAGUUUUGUUUGCUUACUUACACUUUAAUGUAAGAGAUUUGUUCAGGCAAUGAGGAAUUAUGCUCCAUUUUCGGUCUCUCCACUACAAAUAAAGUUGACUGAGAACUAGCCUGCCAGACUCUGGGUGGAACAUGACCGCCCUCAUGUGGUAGAAAGUGAACUACAUCAAUGAACACAGUCUGCUUUAGGCUGCUUUCACAAGAACCUCCCGAAAUGUUGCCGCUCACACUGAGGCAAAGAAAAAAGAUGUUUCAUGUAGUGAUUCAGAAAUAAUGUGGACCUCUGUCUGCAUUACAGCACAUUAACUCAGCGCCGCUUCAAGCAACUUCACUUCCACCAAUGAAAUCCUGUUGUACGAGCGCAGUGCAUUAUGGGUUAUAGAGUUACGACCGAGCCAAAAUCUACAAAUGUCGAAUGAAAAAAAGUAAUAAUGGAACAUAGAAACCGAUCACUUUCAUUUUAAGAGCUUGUUUACACCAGAGUUCAAUUCAACAGACAUUAUAAUUGAAACCCGGAAAUCGCACCGUAAAUGAAACCAAAUGCCAUAGUUCGGUAUAUAUAAGGUGAUAUUAUCGUGUUACGUAGUUGUGUUGUAUGAAAGGAGAGAAGGUUAGCACUCCCCUUGACAAGGAUGGAAUUGGCCCUUGUGGCCUUCAACACACAUACGGUUAAGGCAUUGCCACCUACUUCGUGGCAUCUCUAACCAAGUUUUUUUUUUUUUUGCGCUUUGUCAGCGUCGUGACUUCCUCUAAACCAUACCUUACUGCUGUCUCUUAACUUCGGCGUACUAAUUUCAGCCCACGUCAGCUGCCAGCUGCUCUCAACGUGUGCUUUAAGACCGGAAGCGUGUCUGGAUAUUUUCCCAUGUCUUUGUUUCCGCUGGGUUGGGCAGGAUGGAAAAUGAUAUUGUCCCUGUAGCUCUGUUGCAUGUAUCUCUGUCCACUCUGUCCAACUCACAGAAGUAGUGGAGUAGUUUAUGAGAGUUAAACAUACAUUUAUGAAUUAAUAAAAAUAUAAAUGUUAUCCCCAGCUGUUGAUAGAUGUUGCAUCCAAUUUUGGAUCUUACAGUCUGACUUUCUGGAAGUUUAUUUCUGGUAAGUCUGUUUUAAAUAUAGUCUGACUCUAAAUGAAUUUACCCCCAAGAUAUAUUUUUAAAGCAUUUCUCAGGCUUUUUGUAAACACUUUCAUUAAAAUGUAUAACAGCUUUGUAAAGUGCUUGAAUGUCAGGAUAUCAGCAGCCAAUACCAGAAACACCAGGAAACAUUUAAGCAGUUUGCAUGGCUUUGUUAUUUCUUGUACUCAAAAAAUUUGUGAUGUUGUUCUGAAAGGAUUAUUGACAUUUGAUUUCUGAUGGUUGUCAAUUAUUGUCUACUCAAUGAGGUCCAGUGCCUGACGGUUUGUUACAUUCUGUGUUGUGUAAAAAGUGCCUUAAAUUCAGAAGUGCCACUCUUUGUAAGACUGAGACUUGACUUUGUACAAUAAAAAUGAUGACAACAAA